AUGGGAGGGGGAAGAGAGGGGAGAGGAGGGGAGGAAGAGGGAGAGGGAGAAGAGAGAGAGGAGAGGAGGAGGAGAGGGAGAGGAGAGGGGGAGGGAGGAGGGGAGGAGAAGAGAGAUGAAGGAAGGAGGAGGAAGGAGGAAAGGGAGAAGAGAGGGAGAGGAGAGGGAAGGGGGGGGAGGGAUCUCUCUUCCUCUCUCUUAUUUAACACCCAUGUGAAGACUAUCAUAUAGUCUGACUUUCUCAUUGGUUUAAAGAUGACCUUUGUUUUCAUCACAUACAGACAGAGGGUGUGUGUUUUUAUUUUAUUUUAUUUAUUAGGAUCCCCAUUAGCCGACGCCAAUGGCGACAGCUAGUCUUACUGGGAUCUGACACAUAACGAAAAAGACAUUACAAACAAAAUACUUUACCAUUUACAUACAUUUGAAAACAUGAACAUGUAGUGUGUGUGUGUGUGUGUGUGUGUGCAUAUAUCAGUUACACAUACAUGUUAGUACAUACACACAACAGGUAGGUCACAUGGGGGAGAGGCGUUGUGCCGUGACGUGUUGCUUUAUACGUUUUUUGAAACCAGGUUUGCUGUUCACUUGCGCUAUAUAAGAUGGAAGGGAGUUCCAUGCACUUGUCUGUAUGUGUGUGUCACACACCACGUACAGUGUGUGACACUGUUGAAGGCAGUGGUUUUGUGCUGUGUGUGUGACACUAGCUAGGUUUCCAUCCAAUUGGUGACAGAUUUUCAUGAAAAUAUUUUAAAAUCUACACAAAGAAAAUAUAAGCAUUUUCCCACCAGUGGUGUUUCCACCAAACUGACUUGUUGCAAAUAAAAAUCAGUGCAUGAUUACUUUUUCACUUAAGUUUUCCUGUACUGAAUAAAAAUCUAAAGUUCAAUGUGUUUCCAUCACAUUUUCAACUCUACGGAUAGUUUUGUCACAAAAACUGUUGAGUUAAAUAGCAAAUGUGCCUACUCUGGUCUUGGCACGUGCGCUCUUGCCAACAGCUUGCAGUUACAGUGCGGGUAGGGUGGUCAACAUAAUUAGAUUAUUAUGGAUAAGAGCAAGAAUAUUUUUAUUUGUCAACCGGCAGUCAAGCAUCGAUGAUCAUGUCACCAGAAUAAGACCUUUGAUAUUUAUUGGAAUGGAGCAUCAAGCUCAUCACCGUGCACUUUCACCACCCUGUGAAGUUCAUCAUAACUGACUUCAUCUGUAGCCUAAUAAACUGCAUGAUUUCCCGAGUUGCAGUGGGAGGACCACACACCAUAUCAUUGCGUAACUCCAAGUUUACUUCGAUAUGAUGGUUUUUAUAUCAAUAUUUGCACUUAAAGGUGUUUCCACUGCCAUUUCUCGCAUAAUUAAUUUUACCGACACAAAAAGAUCCCACCAUGUUGAACGAACAAAUUAUCUGUUGGCGUUUAUAAAAUUGUACCGAAACUUCCUGUUUCCAUAGCUGUCCUGAUUUUUUUUUUUGUGAUUUUUUUUUGUGUGACUUUAAUAACAUAAAAACUGUGGAUGGAAACGUGGUUAGUGUGAGUUGGUUAGUGUGAUUGAUGUUGUGAGGAGCAUAUGGACACAGUUUACAGUGGCAACAAUAUCCUCCAUCAGAAAGAUGGGCUUUAUGAACCUUGUUCCUUAUCUACAUCACUGUUCUACGUCUGAGUUGUUCUUCCUCCUCCCUGCCUCUCUCAAAGCCAUCUGGUUUAAGCCAAAGGAAGGAUUUUCACCAUCAUGCAGAAGGUAACACACACACAAACACACACAUACAGUUCCUUCAGAAAGUAUUCACACCCCUUGACUUAUUCCACAUUUUGUUGUGUUACAGCCUGAAUUUAAAAUUGAUUAAAUUUAGAUUUUGUGUCACUGGCCUACACACAAUACCCCAUAAUGUCAAAGUGGAAUUAUGUCUAAAACCAUUUAGUACACUUUGUCAUAAUGGGGUAUUGUGUGUAGAUGGGUGAGAUUAUUAUUUUUUUUAAAUCAAUUUGAAUUCAGGCUGUAACACAACAAAAUGUGGAAUAAGUCAAGGGAUAUGAAUACUUUCAGAAGGCACUGUACGUCUUCCUCUGUGUAUAUGGAGGGAGGGGUUAGGGUUAGGUGUGACUAUGAUGUGUGUGUGUAGGUGGAGGGACGGCCAGCCCCGGGCAGAAUAUCCUCCUCCUUGCGGGGUCCAAGUGCUCCUGGCUCACCCAGCAUCAAGGUAAAAUACACACACACACACACACACACCAGUGGAGGCUGCUGAGGGGAGGACGGCUCACAAUAAUGUGUGGAAAUGAGCGAAUAGAAUGGCAUCAAACACAUGGAAACCAUGGAAACCAUGUGUUUGACGUAUUUGAUACCAUUCCACUGAUUCCGCUCCAGCCAUUACCACCAACCUCCAAUGACACACACACAUAUACACGCACACUACACCAACAUGCUCUUUCUCUCUAUCCCUCCAGGCCCGUGUGAAUGAUGAGGUGGUGGAGUACAGGGAUCUGGCUGCUCUGCCCAGAGACAAAAGUAUUCUUCAGGUGAGGUUGGUGUGUGUGUGUGUGUGUGGUUUCUGUGGGGGUUGUGUGUGUGUGUGUGGAGCAUGCGUGUUUGUGAUUCACCACUGACUGUGCUAUUCUGCAGGUGGAGAGACCAGAUCUCAUGACCUACCAACCUCACUUCACCUACUCAGCACUAGAUGCAGUGCGUACGCCCUGUAGAGAGGUACACACACAAUUCAUGUUACAGUAAGUAACUCGUAAAGGCUGUAUAGGAAGGGAGAAGUGUGAUGUGACUGUUCUCCUCUUCCUUCUCCAGAGAUCCCUCUCUCCUCCCUCCAUCUCUCCUCCUCCCUCUCCUGAGGUAAGACACUUCUGCAGGCCCUCUCUCCUUUCCUUAUCUCCCCUUCUUCUCUCCCCCUCUCUCCUCCCUUUAUUUCUCUGUGUUGCGUUGGGUAGGAGUUUCUCUUCAUCCAGUUACCCAGCAGUACUAACUCUCUCUCUCUCCCUUUCUCUCCAUAUAUUUAUCUCUCCUCUCUCUAUUCUCUCUCUCAGCUGAAGGAGUGUAGGGAGGAUGGAGGGUCUCCAGGAGGCUCCACACUGCAGCUCCGAAAGACAGCCAUCCCCAUACAGCAGCACUUCCACAGGCCAGGUAAUAUAAUAAUAUAAUAUGCCAUUUAGCAGACGCUUUUAUCCAAAGCGACUUACAGUCAUGCGUGCAUACAUUUUUAUGUAUGGGUACACACGCACACGCACACACAUACUUUUCUAAUUCUGUGUUUUAUUUCAGAUAAUGGUGCCAACAUCUACAAGAAGCUGCCUAAUUUUAAACAGGGUACUGAACAGUAUAUUUGUUUGGGUGUGAGAUGUGUGUAAGCGUGUAUGUCUGUUUGUGUGUGUGUGUGUCUGUGUGUGUGUGUGUGUGCAUAAGAGUGUGUGAUGUGUGUAAGGGUGUGUGUGUACAUGUAUGUGUGUGUAUAAUUAUCUCCCUGUCUGUAGAGGUCAGCAAGCAGAAGGUGAUGGGCAGCAUCAUCCAGUCAUCUAAGUUCCCAGCAGCUCAGAAACCAGACCCCAACCUGCCCUCAAAGAUAGAGACCGAGUACUGGCCCUGUCCUCCCUCACUGGCUGCCAUGGGUAAGAUACACGGACACUCACGCACACACACACACAUACACGUUUGUUUUACUAUCCUUGUGGGGACCAAACAAUUGAUUCCCAUUCAAAAUCCUAUUUUCCCUUAACCUAUACCUAACCCUAGCCUUAACCCUUACCCUAACCCCAAACUCCCAACCCGAAACCUAACCCUAAUUCUAACCCUAAACCUCCAAAGGUAAAUUCACACACUAAUAAGAAGGAAGGUAUGGAGUGUAGCGCAGUGUUGCAAUGUCGUUUUUAGUCACAAAUGGGCCGGCUUCUUGGAAUACGCUCCUGCAUUCAACUUACUUUUGUACUACCUGAAAAUUGAGACACGCCCUAUCAUUCCUUCCGCAGCCAUGGGGGCAGUGUUGUCGCUUGGUUCCUUGAUCUGAUCUAUAGGCUAUAUAGGCUAUUCAUCAAAAUAGUAUUCAUAGGCUAUUCAUCAGUGUAGUAGUAAUCUCACCGACUGUUGAAACAGUAAACCAAACAAUAAGAAUCCACCCAAAAAUGUAUUUUGUUAAGAAGUAAUAACUAGUGAUUCCAGGCUAUUGUGAAAUGGUAUAACCUGCUGUAGCCAACUAGCUAGCCAUAUGCUUUUUUCUCUGUGACCAAAACAUGUCUUUCUAUUUUUUGCUGAUAUCAGAAUGAAUACACAAGCAGCAUAUCAAACUGGGAGAAUGUUUUAGGUUACACUGGCAAGUAUAAGUACAUUUGCCAAGGCAUAUUUUAAAAUGAUAAAUCUGAUUAUUUCUCAUGAAGCUAGCUAGCUUGGGGAAACACUCUUUUCACGCCACUUCGAAACCGAAGUGACUUUUUCGUAGCAGGUUAGGAGAACUUACGCAGCAGGUUAGGACAAUUAACGUAGCAGGUUAGGAUAAUUAACGUAGCAGGUUAGGAGAAUUAACGUAGCAGGUUAGGAGACUGAGGUUAAGGUUAGGAAAAGGGUUAGGGUAAACAAAAAUGCUCUCCUAACCUGCUACGAAAAUCACUUUGUAUCGAAGUGGCGUGAAAAGAGUGUAUCCCAGCUAGCUUGCUAUGUUUUUAGCCAGGCUACCAGCUAGCUACUACUAGCAAGGGAAGGCGACUCCACAAAAUGAAAUGAGAAAAAGAAAAAACUUUCCUAUCACCUCCUUCUGAAUGGGAGUGGGACCGGUGAGGAUAUCAUGUUACCAAAAGGUGUCUGCUUCUCCAAAAAUCCCACUCCACCCACACGCACGUAGCUGAAUGGAGUGAAGCUUGUAGUAGCGUUAAGCCUCAAAUAGCCUUUUUUCUUGUGGGGUCCGGCAAAAUGUCCCCACUUGUCCGAAAUGUCCUUGUUUUACCAUCCUUCUGACUUCUGGUCCCCACAAGGAUAGUUAAACCAAACUCACACACACACACACACACACACACACAGGUGAUUGGAUAGGUACUGGUAGUGUGUGGUCUGAUCUCUCCUGUUGUUGCCAUAGAGAUCGAGUGGAGGAAGAGGAAAGAGGAAGAUGAAGAUGGGAAAGAUGAGUUUGAAAACCUGACUGAUGACUCCAAGACACUGCAGGAGCUGGAGCUCCACAAGGUAACUCUUGCCAUGGAUACCUUCUUCAUAAUGUAUUCUAUAAGUGCUUUUAUAAUGCUUAUUCAGUAUAUAAAGUAUAUUAUCAUAGGAAGUGUUACCGUCUUCACUAAUCAAUAUUUAUCGAUUGAUGGUGUGUAUGUGUCUGUAUGCACAUGGGUGCGUGUGUGGGUGUGUGUGUGGGGCAUGUGUGCCAGAUCAAGUCUAACCUGGGCAGGCUGAUCCUGAAGGAGGAGAAGGAGAAGGCUCUACUUGGCAUUGGCCGCAGGAAGACUCAGUCACUGCCAGACAGAACACACAUGCACACCAGUAAGUAACAGUCCAGUGUGUGUGUGUGUGUGUGUGUGUUAGAACCUGAUUCUGAUUGGUUGCUCUGAUGUCUACAGGUUUCUCCUUGAAGUCGUCCUCCCGCUCAGGUCUAGCCAGGGUGAGUGUACAGUAUGUGUGUUUGCAUGUGUUGCAUUAAGUGUGUGUGUGUGGGUGCGCGUGAUGAUUUAUAUGUGUUACCUCUGUGCAGAUGCAGUCAGCAGAGUUCACUACAGAGGGAGAGCAGGGCAAAACAGGUAGGUUACAGGCAUCAUGUAUUACAAAAACAGUUGUAGUAGUGAAGUAGGACCCACACAAUCAGUUUUGCCAACAUAUACGGUGCCUUCAAAAAGUUUUCACACUCCUUGACUUUUUCCGCAUUUUGUUGUGUGACGGUAUGAAUUUAUAACGGUUUAAAUUACGAUUUUGUGUCACUGGCCUACACACAAUACCCCAUAAUGUCUACCUCAUCUCUGUACCCCACACAUACAAUUAUCUGUAAGGACCCUCAGUCAAGCAGUGAAUUUCAAACAAAGAUUAAACCACAAAGACCAGGGAGGUUUUCCAAUGCCUCGCAAAGAAGAGCACCUAUUGGUAGAUGGGUAAAAAUAAAAGAAGCAGACAUUGAAUAUACCUUUGAGCAUGGUGAAGUUAUUAAUUCCACUUUGGAUGGUGUAUCAAUACACCCAGUCAUUACAAAGAUACAUGCAUCCUGAGAGGAAGGAAACCGCUCAGAGAUUUCACCAUGAGGCCAAUGGUGACUUUAAAACCUGCUGUAGCCAACUAGCUAGCCAUAUGCUUUUUUCUCUGUGACCAAAACAUGUCUUUCUAUUUUUUGCUGAUAUCAGAAUGAAUACACAAGCAGCAUAUCAAACUGGGAGAAUGUUUUAGGUUACACUGGCAAGUAUAAGUACAUUUGCCAAGGCAUAUUUUAAAAUGAUAAAUCUGAUUAUUUCUCAUGAAGCUAGCUAGCUUGGGGAAACACUCUUUUCACGCCACUUCGAAACCGAAGUGACUUUUUCGUAGCAGGUUAGGUCUCCUGAGUGGCGCAGUGGUCUAAGGCACUGCAUCGCAGUGCUAACUGUGCCACUAGAGAUCCUGGUUCGAAUCCAGGCUCUGUCGCAGCCGGCCGCGACCGGGAGACUCAUGGGCGGCGCACAUUGGCCCAGCGUCGUCCAGGGUAGGGGAGGGAAUGGCCGGCAGGGAUGUAGCUCAGUUGAUAGAGCAUGGCGUUUGCAACGCCAGGGUUGUGGGUUCGAUUCCCACGGGGGGCCAGUAUAAAAAAAAUAUGUAUUCACUAACUGUAAGUCGCUCUGGAUAAGAGCGUCUGCUAAAUGACUAAAAUGUAAAUGUAAAACAGUUACAGAGUUUAAUGGCUGUGAUAGGAGAAAACUGAGGAUGGAUCAAUAACAUUGUUGUUACUCCAUAAUACUAACCUAAAUGACAGAGUGAAAAGAAGGAAGCUUGUACAGAAUACAAAUAUUCCAAAACAUGUAUCCUUUUUGCAAUAAGGCACUAAAGUAAAACAGCAAAAAAAAAAGGCAAUGUCAUGAAUACAAAGCGUUAUGUUUGGGGCAAAUCCAACACAGCACAUCACUGAGUACCACUCUUCAUAUUUUCAAGCAUGGUUGUGGCUGCAUCAUGUUAUGGGUAUGCUUGUCAUCGGCAAGGACUAGGGAGUUUUUUAUGAUAAAAAGAAACGGAAUGGAGCCAAGCAAAGGCAUAAUCCUAGAGGAAAACAUGUCUCAGUCUUCUUUCCAACAGACACUGGGAGACAAAUUCACCUUUCAGCAGGACAAUAACCUAAAACAUAUACACCCAGGCAAACAACGGUGCAGUACAACAAUGGUGUGCAGAACAGCAUCUCGGAAUGCACAACUCGUCGGUCCUUGUCACGGAUGGGCUAUUGCAGCAGACGACCACACUGGGUUCCACUCCUAUCAGCUAAAAACAAGAAGAAGCGGCUCCAGUGGGCACACAAUCACCAAAACUGGACAAUUGAGGAGUGGAAAAACAUUGCGUGGUCCGACGAAUCCUGGUUCCUGUUGCUGAUGGCAGAGUCAGAAUUUGGCGUAAGCAGCAUGAAUCCAUAGCUCCAUCCUGUCUAGUGUAAUGGUGUGGGGAAUGUUUUCCUGUCACACGUUAGGUCCUUUGAUACCAGUGUACACUGGAGUUACUUACCAAGACGACAUUGAAUGUUCCUGAGUGGCCUAGUUACAGUUUUCACUUAAAUCAGCUUGGAAAUCUAUGGCAAGACUUGAAACUUGAAAAUGGCUGUCUAGCAAAGAUCAACAACCAACUUGACAGAGCAUGAAGAAUUUUAUAAAUCAUAAUGUGCAAAUAUUGUACAAUCCAGGUGUGCAAAGCUCUUAGAGACUUACCCAGAAAGACUCAGAGCUGUAAUUGCUGCCAAAGGUUAUUCUAACAUGUAUUGAUUGACUCACAGAAUUUGCAAAAGAUUCUAAACAUUGUAUUACACUUUGUCGUUAUGGGGUGUUGUGUGUAGAUGGGUGAAAAAAAUAUAUUUAAUCCAAAGCAAAAACAGGUUUUUAGAAAUGUUUGCUAAUUUAUUUAAAAUAUAAAACUGAAAUAUCACAUUUACGUAAGUAUUCAGACCCUUUACUCAGUACUUUGUUGAAGCAACUUUGGCAGCGAUUACAGCCUCGAGUCUUCUUGGGUAUGACACUAUAAGCUUGGCACACCUGUAUUUGGGUAGUUCCUCCCAUUCUUCUCUGCACAUCCGCUCAAGCUCUGUCAGGUUGGAUGGGGAGCGUUGCUGCACAUCUAUUUUCAGUUCUCCAGAGAUGUUCCAUCGGGUUCAAGUCCAGGCUCUGGCUGGGCCACUCAAGGACAUUCAGAGACUUGUCCCGUAGCCACUCUUGCGUUGUCUUGGCUGUCUGCUUUGGGUCGUUGUCCUGUUGGGAGGUAAACCUCAAAUCAAAUCAAAUUGUAUUGGUCACAUACAAAUAUUUAGCAGAUGUUAUUGCGGAUUUAGUAAAAUGCUUGUGCUCCUAGCUCCAACAGUGCAGUAGUAUCUAACAAUACACAAAUCUAAAAGAAUGGAAUGGAAAUAUACACUGCUCAAAAAAAUAAAGGGAACACUUAAACAACACAAUGUAACUCCAAGUCAAUCACACUUCUGUGAAAUCAAACUGUCCACUUAGGAAGCAACAUUGAUUGACAAUACAUUUCACAUGCUGUUGUGCAAAUGGAAUUGACAACAGGUGGAAAUUAUAGGCAAUUAGCAAGACACCCCCAAUAAAGGACUGGUUUUGCAGGUCGUGACCACAGACCACUUCUCAGUUCCUAUGCUUCCUGGCUGAUGUUUUGGUCACUUUUGAAUGCUGGCGGUGCUUUCACUCUAGUGGUAACAUGAGACGUUUAGUCUACAACCCACACAAGUGGCUCAGGUAGUGCAGCUCAUCCAGGAUGGCACAUCAAUGCGAGCUGUGGCAAGAAGGUUUGCUGUGUCUGUCAGCGUAGUGUCCAGAGCAUGGAGGCGCUACCAGGAGACAGGCCAGUACAUCAGGAGACGUGGAGGAGGCCGUAGGAGGGCAACAACCCAGCAGCAGGACUGCUACCUCCGCCUUUGUGCAAGGAGGAGCAGGAGGAGCACUGCCAGAGCCCUGCAAAAUGACCUCCAGCAGGCCACAAAUGUGCAUGUGUCUGCUCAAACGGUCAGAAACAGACUCCAUGAGGGUGGUAUGAGGGCCCGACGUCCACAGGUGGGGGUUGUGCUUACAGCCCAACACCGUGCAGGACGUUUGGCAUUUGCCAGAGAACACCAAGAUUGGCAAAUUCGCCACUGGCGCCCUGUGCUCUUCACAGAUGAAAGCAGGUUCACCCUGAGCACAUGUGACAGACGUGACAGAGUCUGGAGACGCUGUGGAGAACGUUCUGCUGCCUGCAACAUCCUCCAGCAUGACCGGUUUGGCGGUGGGUCAGUCAUGGUGUGGGGUGGCAUUUCUUUGGGGGGCCGCACAGCCCUCCAUGUGCUCGCCAGAGGUAGCCUGACUGCCAUUAGGUACCGAGAUGAGAUCCUCAGACCCCUUGUGAGACCAUAUGCUGGUGCGGUUGGCCCUGGGUUCCUCCUAAUGCAAGACAAUGCUAGACCUCAUGUGGCUGGAGUGUGUCAGCAGUUUCUGCAAGAGGAAGGCAUUGAUGCUAUGGACUGGCCCGCCCGUUCCCCAGACCUGAAUCCAAUUGAGCACAUCUGAGACAUCAUGUCUCGCUCCAUCCACCAACGCCACGUUGCACCACAGACUGUCCAGGAGUUGGCGGAUGCUUUAGUCCAGGUCUGGGAGGAGAUCCCUCAGGAGACCAUCUGCCACCUCAUCAGAAGCAUGCCCAGGCGUUGUAGGGAGGUCAUACAGGCACGUGGAGGCCACACACACUACUGAGCCUCAUUUUGACUUGUUUUAAGGACAUUACAUCAAAGUUGGAUCAGCCUGUAGUGUGGUUUUCCACUUUAAUUUUGAGGGUGACUCCAAAUCCAGACCUCCAUGGGUUGAUACAUUUGAUUUCCAUUGAUAAUUUUUGUGUGAUUUUGUUGUCAGCACAUUCAACUAUGUAAAGAAAAAAGUGUUUAAUAAGAUUAUUUCAUUCAUUCAGAUCUAGGAUGUGUUAUUUUAGUGUUCCCUUUAUUUUUUGAGCAGAGUAAAUAUUAGGACGAGCAAUGUCGGAGUGGCAUUGACUAAAUACAGUAGAAUAGAAUACAGUAUAUACAUAUGAGUUGAGUAAAGCAGUAUGUAAACAUUAUUAAAGUGACUAGUAUUACAUUAUUAAAGUGGCCAGUGAUUCCAUGUCUAUAUAUAUAUAUAUAUAUAUAUAUAUAUAUAUAUAUAUAUAUAUAUAUAUAUAUAUAGGCCAGCAGCCUCUAAGGCGCAGGGUUGAGUAGCCGGGUGGUAGCUGGCUAGUGAUGGCUAUUUAACAGUCUGAUGGUCUUGAGAUAGAAGCUGUUUUUCAGUCUCUCGGUCCCAGCUUUGAUGCACCUGUACUGACCUCACAUUCUGGAUGAUAGCAGGGUGAACAGGCCUUGGCUCGGGUGGUUGAUGUCCUUGAUGAUCAUUUUGGCCUUCCUGUGACAUCGGGUGCUGUAGGUGUCCUGGAGGGUAGGCAGUGUGCCCCUGGUGAUGCGUUGGGCAGACCGUACCACCCUCUGGAGAGCCCUGCGGUUGCGGGCGGUGCAGUUGCCGUACCAGGCGGUGAUACAGCCCGACAGGAUGCUCUCAAUUGUGCAUCUGUAAAAGUUUCUGUGGGUCUUAGGGGCCAAGCCAAAUUUCUUCAGCCUCCUGAGGUUGAAGAGGCUCUGUUGCGCCUUCUUCACCACACUGUCUGUGUGGGUGGACCAUUUCAGAUUGUCAGUGAUGUGUACGCAGAGGAACUUGAAGCUUUCCACCUUCUCCACUGCGGUCCCGUCGAUGUGGAUAGGGGCGUGCUCCCUCUGCUGUUUCCUGAAGUCCACAAUCAGCUCCUUUGUUUUGUUGAUGUUGAGAGAGAGGUUAUUUUCCUGGCCUCACUCUGCCAGGGACCUCACCUCCGCCCUGUAGGCUGUCUCAUCAUUGUUGGUAAUCAGGCCUACUACUGUUGUGUCGUCUGCAAACUUGAUGAUUGAGUUGGACGCGUGCGUGGCCACGCAGUCAUGGGUGAACAGGGAGUACAGGAGGGGGCUGAGCACGCACCCUUGUGGGGCCCCUGUGUUGAGGAUCAGCGAAGUGGAGGUGUUGUUUCCUAGCUUCACCACCUGGGGGCGGCCCGUCAGGAAGUCCAGGACCCAGUUGCACAGGGCAGGGUUCAGACCCAGGGCCCAGAGCUUAAUGAUGAGCUUGGAGGGUAUUAUGGUGUUGAAGGCUGAGCUAUAGUCAAUGAACAGCAUUCUGACGUAGGUAUUCCUCUUGUCCAGGUGGGAUAGGGCAGUGUACAGUGCGAUGGUGAUUGCAUCGGCUGUGGAUCUAUUGGGGCAGUAAGCAACUUUGAAGUGGGUCUAGGGUGUCCGGUAAGGUGGAGGUGAUAUGAUCCUUAACUAGCCUCUCCAAGCACUUAAUGAUGACAGAAGUGAGUGCUACGUGGCAAUAGUCAUUUAGUUCAGUUACCUUUGCUUUCUUGGGUACAGGAACAAUGGUGGACAUCUUGAAGCAAGUGGGGACAGCAGACUAGGAUAGGGAGAGAUUGAAUAUGUCCGUAAACACUCCAGCCAGCUGGUCUGCGCAUGCUCUGAGGACGUGGCUAGGGAGUCGUGAUCUGAUUUGCCGAAGGGAGGGCGGGGGAGGGCCUUGUAGGCAUCUCAAAAAGGCAAGUAGCAGUGAUCUAGUGUUUUCCCUAAGCGAGUACUACAGUCAAUGUGUUGAUAAAACUUCGGUAGCAUUUUCCUCAAAUUUGCUUUGUUAAAAUCCCCAGCUACAAUAAAUGUGGCCUCAGGAUAUGUGGUUUCCAGUUUGCAUAAAGUCCAUUGUAGUUCCUUGAGGGCCGUCGUGGUAUCGGCUGGAGGGGUAAUAUACACGUCUGUGACUAUAACCAAAGAGAAUUAUCUUGGGAGGUAAUACGGUCGGCAUUUGAUUGUGAGGUAUUCUAGGUCGGGUGGACAAAAAUACUUGAGUUUCUGUAUGUUAUCACAAUCACACCAUGAGUAGUUAAUCAUGAAGCAUACGGGGUGUACCCGCCUUUCUUCUUCCCGGAGAGUUCUUUAUUCCUGUCUGCGCGAUGAACUGAGAACCUAGCUGGCUGUGUGGACGGAGACAGUAUAUCCCGAGAGAGCCAUGAUUCCGUGAAACAGAGUAUGUUACAGUCCCUGUAUUCUCUGGAACGAGAUCCUCGCCCUGAGCUCGUCUACUUUAUUGUCCAGAGACUGAACAUUAGCGAGUAAUAUACUCUGAAGUGGUGGAUGGUGUGCCCGCCUCCUUAGUCGGACUAGAAGUCCACUCCGAUUACCUCUUCUCUGCCGGCGGUGACUUGGAGCAGCCUCUGGGAUAAGCUCAAUUGCCCUGGGGGGUAUGAACAAAGGAUCCAAGUCGUAUUCCUGGUCGUAAUGCUGGUGAGUUACCGCUGCUCUGAUAUCCAAAACGUAUUUCCGGCUGUAUGUAAUAACACAAAAAACUUUCUGGGCUAAUAAUGUAAGAAAUAACACACAAAAAAACAAAAUACUGCAAAGUUGCUUAGGAGCUAGAAGCAGAGCUGCCAUGUCUUACUACAGACUGAACCUUCGCCCCAGUCUGAGAUCCUGAGCGCUUUGGAGCAGGUUUUCAUUAAAGAUCUCUCUGUACUUUGCUCCGUUCAUCUUUGCCUCGAUCCUGACUAGUCUCCCAGUCCCUGCCGCUGAAAAACAUCCUCACAGCAUGAUGCUGCCACCACCAUGCUUUACCGUAGGGAUGGUGCCAGGUUUCCUCCAGACGUGACGCUUGGCAUUCAGGCCAAAGAGUUCAAUCUUGGUUUCAUCAGACCAGAGAACCUUGUUUCUCAUGGUUUGAGAGUCUUUAGGUGCCUUUUGGCAAACUCCAAGCAGGCUGUCAUGUGCCUUUUACUGAGGAGUGGCUUCCGUCUGGCCACUCUACCAUAAAAGCCUGAUUGGUGGAGUGCUGCAGAGAUGGUUGUCCUUCUGGAAGGUUCUACUCUAGAGCUCUGUCAGAGUGACCAUUGGGUUCUUGGUCACCUCCCUGACCAAGGCCCUUCUCCCACGGUUGCUCAAUUUGGCCGGGCGGCCAGCUCUAGGAAGAGUCUUGGUGGUUCCAAACUUCUUCCAUUUAAGAAUGAUGGAGGCCACUGUGUUCUUGGGGACCUUCAAUGCUGCAGAAAUGUUUUGGUACCCUUCCCCAGAUCUGUGCCUCUUCACAAUCCUGUCUCGGAGCUCUACGGACAAUUCCUUCGACCUCAUGGCUUGGUUUUUGCUCUGACAUGCACUGUCAACUGUGGGACCUUAUGUAGACAGGUGUGUGCUUUUCCAAAUCAUGUCCAAUCAAUUGAAUUUACCACAGGUGGACUCCAAUCAAGUUGUAGAAACAUCAAGGAUGAUCAAUGGAAACAGGAUGCAGCUGAACUUAAUUUCGAGUCUCAUAGCAAAGGGUCUGAAUACUUAUGUAAUAAAAAAAUAAUAAUAAUAACCUUUUGCUUUGUCAUUAUGAGUUACUGAGGAUUUUUAUUUAUUUAAUCAAUUUUAGAAUAAGGCUAUAGCGUAACAAAAUGUGGAAAAAGUCAAGGGGUCUGAAUACUUUCCGAAUGCACUGUAUCUGCAGCCUUUUAUAUGUUGAAUAUAACUAUUUAAUUAUCUUAUUUUCUCUUGUCUCUCCCUGUUGUGCAGCUGAACAGGUAAGGGUGUUCUUAGGCCAGGAUUCAUUCCGAUCAGCACUAGAUCCGCGUUAAUAUCUAACUGAGCAGACAUCUGCAGCCUUGACAUGCGAUCUCCACGAAAGCGUUAACAUUGCCUUUAAAAAAUCUGUGUUGUCUACAAGCGUAGUCAGGUUGAAUCCCGGCCUUAUUUUCAUACCCAUUCUUCCCUCUGCUCAAGUCAUAUCUAUCUACCUCCAAGGCAAUUUGAUUACACUAACGGUGUGUGUGUGUGUGUCUAGAACGGAGAGGCACAGCGGGAAAGGAUGGACAGAGGAAACUCACUGCCAAGUAUGCUGGAACAGAA